AUGGCUCCCGCAUAUAAAAGGCUCGACGCUGACAACUGUGUCUUUCUAUUUGUUGAUCACCAGUCCGGUCUCAUCCAGCUGGUUCGCGAUUUUGAACCUCACGCAUUCCACACGAAUGUUAUGGCACUUUGCAGAGUUGCAAGCUACUUUAAGGCCCCUUCCAUUAUCACGACGUCGUUCGACACUGGACCGAAUGGCCCGAUUGCUAAAGAAAUCACUGAUAUACUCCCUAAUGCACCGUUAAUUCGGCGCCCAGGGCAAAUCAACGCUAUGGACAACGAAGACUUCGCCAGUGCUGUUAGAGCGACUGGCAAGAAGCAGGUUGUUAUCAGUGGUGUUUUGACAGAAGUCUGCGUUGCUUUCCCUGCGCUUAGUUUGAUCGAAGAAGGAUAUGAUGUCUUCGUCGUUACUGAUGCUUCGGGCACAUUUGCCGAGCACACAAGGGAAGCUGCUCAUAAACGAAUGGCCCAGGCCGGCUGCCAGCUUCUGAACUGGGCUGCUAUUUCCGCGGAACUUCACAGAGACUGGCGCCGCGACAUUGAGGGCUUUGGUGGAAUUUGGCGUGACCACGUCCCUGGCUACUGGUGUUUGAUGCAGAGCUACGAAACGGCUUCCAAGAACAGCUCUCAGUAG